AUGCAACGACUCAUCGUCGCUUUCUGCGCCGUCUCGGCCGCCCAAGCCUUCCUCUUCCCGUCUGCUGGAGGCGGCGGUGGCUGCGGAUGCGCCCCACCACCACCACCACCACCAUCGCCAUGCGGAUGCGGAGGCGGAGGUGGCGGCCUCGCUCUUCCACCACUCCCACAACUCCCACCACUCUCCCUUCCAUCGCUCGGAGGAGGAGGCGGCGGCUGCUGCCCACCACCAGCGCCAGCUUGCGGAGGAGGAUGCGGAGGAGCGCCACCACCGCCACCACCACCACCAGCCGGAUACGCCACCGCCCCGGCCGUCGGAGGAUACGCUGCCCCACCACCACCACCACCACCGGCCCCGAUCGGAGGAGGAUACGCCGGAGGAGCUGGACCAAUCGGAGGAGGAUACGCCGGAGGAGCCGGACCAAUCGGAGGAGGAUCUUACGCCGGAGGAGCCGGACCAGCCGGAGGAGCCUACGUCGGAAAGUAG